AUGAACUGUCCUACUCGGUCCUGGAUGCUAGCCAGCCUGGCACUGUCAGCCUUCUCACAAGUUGGCCCUGCCAGUGCGGCACCCAACUAUGAGGCUCUACCGGUCAGCUAUCGGGAUGUCUCUGGAGACUGGGACAACGUUAAACGUGCCGACCUGGUUCCCUUGCGGAUUCUACCCCUUGGUGCCUCCAUCAUGACUGGUGUAGGCUCAUCAACGGGUGAUGGCCAUCGAAAACCCUUGCGAGAUGCACUUCGACAGGAUGGCUAUGAAGUGAACAUGGUUGGUAGCCGAGCUUCUGGCCAAAUGAAGGAUCAAAAUCACGAGGGAAAGCCUGGAGAUAUCCUUACACAAAUCCAAGACAGAGUGGCAAACUCAAUUGGAUACAAGCCUAAUAUUGUCAUCAUCAAUGGAGGGACCAACGACGGCAACGGCGAUCUAGAUAUUUCCAAUGUUGGCGACCGAAUGAACAACAUUCUCAACGCACUUUGGAAUGCAGCCGAUAUGAGCGACACGUGCAUCAUGCUCUCGACCCUUAUCCCAACAACCAAUGCCAAUGGUGCCAAGAACCGUGCUGCAAUCAACAGCCAAUAUCGCUCGCUUGUCACCACACGAAGCAAUGAGGGGAAGUGUAUCUACCUCGCCGACAUGGACCUUGCCAACGAGAAGGUUUGGUUCGAUUUUAAUACGGAUUAUUCGGCAGGAGAGUCACCAGCUGUCCACCCCAAUGACAAGGGACACAGGAAAAUGGCUGCUGCGUUCUAUCAGGCUAUCCACAAGGCGCUAGAUGACAACCGCGUCAAGGCCGCACCCGACUUCGAUGCCGGCGUUGGCAAGACUGGGUGUGACAAAUUCGCAGGCAACGGUGUUGAUGCCGGUGGCCUCACCCAGCGUGGUUCAGGCUAUGAUGACGGCAUCUAUUACCACAACAGUGAUGACAUGGGUAUUCUGUGGAGUGCAGAAAGCGAUUGGGAUAGAGGCCAGUGGAAGUUUGCACGCCUGUUUGAUACCAAAUAUGAUGACCUCCUGGCAUGGCUUAGCACCGGCGAUAAUUCGCAAGAAUACGUUGUAUGGGCCAAUUCCGGUGACGGCAAGGCUGGUUUCAAACAAAUUAAUAACCUGACACCCGACUUAAACUGCAAAAGUGCCACGGGUGUCAACUUUAUUGAUAUGAACGGCGACGGCCUUGAUGAUCUUGUCUAUAUCGAUGACGAUGGCAAUGCUUACUUAUCCAUCAACCAAGGAGAUGGCGAUAGGGCGGCCGGAAAGGCACCUACUUUCAAGCGUGUUAGUGACACAGCGAAAAUCAAGACCACUGAAGGCUAUGGACGAGAGAAAGUGCGCCUCGCAGACAUUGAUGGGGAUGGCCGAGGCGACUAUGGUGUCUGGGAUGGCAGCAGCUGGAAGUUCUGGAGAAACGGCGGAGUUGGCAAUAUCCCCGAGUAUUGGCAAGCUCUUGGUGCCAGACGCAAAGACCAAGGUUACGGAAGCUAUGAGGGGUACACCUUUGAGGAUGUCAACGGCGAUGGUCGCGACGAUUCCAUCUGGCUUGACUCCGUCGGAGCGGGCUAUAUGCAGACUAAUGGUCGAAGCUGUGCAACUGGUUCCGAGGGUGAUGGCCUCAACGUUGCGUGGCGCGAUGGCUACUUUACGGGCGCAUCAUCUGGUAUGGUCUACAAGGGCAUGGGCAGCUUCGUUACCGAUUUAGAGAAGACACUGCGUAACCGGAUUCAUUUUGGUCGCAUCUAUGGACAGUCUUCGGUCUUCGGUAACUUGCCAAAGCAAGACUACAUCUUUAUGCAGCACGAGGCGCUUUCAACUGGCAAGCAUCGGUUCCAGAUGCGUGUUUGGAAGAAUACUGGCUCUGGCGGUACCAAGCUUCUUGCCGACGGAAACAAGUACUGCAACAUGAUGGGCCACUCCAACGGAAUGCAGGACUAUGUGUGGGCCUAUGCGGGAGGGACGAUGGAGAUGUGGGCAAACCGCGGCAAGACAUCGAUAUCCGAUUCGGACACUGAUGGCUUCUGGGAGUCCAAGGGCACGAUCUGGACCCCGCCAAGCGAGAUGAACCGCCGUGAUCUGCACUUGCAGGACUGGGACGGAGACGGAGAUUGCGACAUCAUCUAUGCUGACCCUGAAAGCGGCAAGGUGCAAGUCUGGAUUAACAACUUCCCCAGUACCGGGAAGUGGGACUGGACUCAUCUAUCAAGCCCAGCUCCAAGUCUGAGUUGCUCCCAGAAGCGAGGCUUUGGUAUUCAUGACUUGGCUGUCCGUUUCGCCGAUCUUACCGGAAACAAGAGGGCUGAUUAUCUCUGCAUUGAGCCUAACAGCAGAGUCACUGGCUUCGUCCAGAAUGACGAGGGCAGCUUUGAAGAUGCCGGCCAGAUUAAGGUGUCAAUCAGCAAAGAUCGUGCUAACCUUCGCUGGGCUGACGUGAAUGGUGAUGGCAAGGACGAUCUUCUCUGGGUUGAGAAAUUCUCGGGGGAUGCCUACGUUUGGUACAACGAGGGUAGAGGCAAAUCUGAGGAUCUUCUCGGCUCUACGUUCUCUUGGAGGCAGCAGACCGAAGUUGCAUACAAAGGAAACGCAGCGGGUACGUGCGAGUACUGGCCUGACCUCGAUGGCAACGGCCGAGCAGAUGAGCACUAUAUCACGGGUACCUUUGACAACAAGGCGCGAACGUCGUUCAACCCAUCCUGCGGAUUGACAGACUUUACAGGAGACGAUGCCACCUUCGCUGAAAAGUUAACAGAAGAGCUCGCCGAGUAUAAUGCGUAA